AUGCUGGAGAGCCAAAUCACUUUAGAAGCUAUUGUAGUGACACAUUGGCAUGCUGAUCACACUGGAGGUAUUGGACAGAUUCUUCGAUACUUAAAGAAAGAAAUACCAAUCUACAAACUUCGUCGCACAGAUGGACAACCAGAAUCAAAUGAAUUUAAUUUUACUUUUGUGGAGGAUGGUCAUGAACUUCAGAUUGAAGGAACAAUUCUUCGUUUUCUUUCUACUCCUGGUCACACUUCCGAUCACACAGCUCUUUGGUUAGAAGAAGAAGGAACAUUAUUUAGUGGUGAUUGUAUACUCGGUGAAGGCUCAGCUAUUUUUGAAAAUUUAGAUGAUUAUAUGAAAAGUCUUCGAAAGCUUUUGGAUUUAGCACCGAAACGGAUAUAUCCAGGUAUUAUACAAAUUGUUGAUAAACUUUCAAUGUUUCUAACACAAUUUUUAGGUCAUGGUCCUGUUGUGGAGGAUCCAAAACAAAAAAUUCUUGAAUAUAUUGAAAACAGAAAUAGACGAGAACAAGAAAUUUUGAAUGUAAUUUCAAAUGAUGGACCUGCUACAACUAUGCAGAUAACUAAUUCGAUUUAUACGGUUUAA